AUGGCUGAAAAGGUAGAACAAAAUCCCCGAACCCCAAGGAUCAAGUGCAAGGGUCAAAACCUAACCAUACCAGAAUUUAGCAUAGAGGAUUUCAAGAAGCAUUCUCAUAUGCUUGCUUCGCCAACAUCACAAGAUGCUUCAAAAUCAAGGUGGAAGAAUUGCCUCUGCUCCCCAACCACUCAUGCUGGUUCCUUCCGCUGCAGGCACCACAGAACUUCGAGCUUCGGCUCCGGUCUCAAUCGGGGAGCCUCCGUCGGCUCGAACCUCUCGGAGCUGGGGGCUCGCAAGUCUAGCCCCCUUAGUGAUUCAGUCCCUGCCCAAUAA